AACUGGAGAUAAAUCCGGAGCCGUGUUUUCUAUUUGUCCAAACGAACAGGCCGAUGCCGCUCGAUUCUUGCCCAAAUUGUACAUUUUCCCAGUGAAAUCCAUCCAGAAUGCGACGCGUUCUUGCGAUUCGCCCUGUUUGGAUCCACCGAGACUCAGAUCUUGCCCCCCUUUCGUCUCUCGGCGAUCCAGUCCCCACCCAUUCAACUCUCUAGGUUUCUCUCUCGAUUUUGAUUGCCCUGUCUCGCGAUUCAGGGAGAAAUGGCGCUGGGCCACACGCGGCUCGACGUCCGGCGGCUGCAGCAGCACUCCUCCUCCUACUGCUCCGCCACCACCGUCGUCGUCUUCGUCGCGCUCUGCUUGGUCGGCGUCUGGAUGGCCUCUUCCAUGCUCGUCACGCCCGCCGACUUCUCCCCCUUCCAGCCCUCAUUGCCGCGUCGUCCCGUCGCAACUCCAGCGAAGGGCGACUCGCGGCCCGUCGUUAGAGAAGAAAGCGCCGAGGAGAAGCCUGAGGACGCCGUGCCUGCGGAUGAGGCCACAGAGAAAACAACAAAUCAGCCUGGUGAACAACAGAGUGUGCCAGAGCUCAAGGAGAAGCUGGAUGAGGAGCAGGAGGCAAAGAAGAAGGGGGACAAGCCUCAUGAACAGAAUGUGUUCAAGCCCGACGUGGAGCAGGAGGCGAAGAAGGAGGCCGAGGUGUUUCCGGAUGCCAGUCAAGCCGAGCUUCUCUACGAGACAGCUACGGAGCCGGGGCCAUGGCGCACGCAAGCUGCCGAGUCCAACAUGGAGACCAAGGAGAAAACCACCGCAUCGAGUAUCCCGGCGAGUUUUAGCUGGAAGCUCUGCAAUGUUGAGGCUGGAGCUGAUUACAUUCCGUGCCUUGACAAUGUGGAAGCGAUCAAGAAGCUUCGGAGUGACACGCACUACGAACACCGAGAAAGGCAUUGCCCUCAAGAGCCUCCUACCUGCCUUGUUCCUCUGCCGAAGGGUUACAGGAGUCCAAUAAGAUGGCCUGAGAGCAGAGAUCAGAUAUGGUACAACAAUGUUCCUCAUACUAAGCUGGUAGAAUACAAGGGACACCAAAACUGGGUUAAUGUCUCUGGGGAUCACCUAAUCUUUCCGGGAGGCGGAACUCAGUUCAAGCGUGGUGCAUUGCAUUAUAUUGAUUUCAUUCAGGAGGCAAAGAAAGAUGUGGCAUGGGGAAAACGAACUCGUGUAGUUUUAGAUGUUGGCUGUGGAGUUGCUAGCUUUGGAGGAUAUCUGUUUGACAGAGAUGUACUUACUAUGUCUUUUGCACCUAAAGAUGAGCAUGAAGCUCAGGUGCAGUUUGCUCUUGAGAGAGGAAUCCCUGCUAUAUCAGCUGUUAUGGGUACAAAAAGGCUCCCAUUUCCUGGUAGGGUCUUUGAUGCUGUUCAUUGUGCACGCUGUAGGGUACCAUGGCAUAUUGAAGGUGGUAAGCUCUUGCUAGAAUUGGAUAGACUGUUAAGGCCUGGUGGUUACUUUGUGUGGUCUGCUACUCCUGCAUACCAGAAACUGCCAGAAGAUGUUGAGAUAUGGCAAGCAAUGUCUGCUCUAACAAGGUCAAUGUGCUGGAAAAUGGUCAAUAAAGUAAAGGAUAGGCUAAAUCGAGUUGGUGUAGCAAUUUUCCAAAAACCAAUAGACAACAGGUGCUAUGAUGGAAGAUCUGCUGCAAACCUUCCACUGUGUGGAGAAUAUGAUAAUGUUGAUGCUGCCUGGAAUGUUUCAUUGGAGUCUUGUAUACAUAAAUUGCCUGUAGAUCCGGCCAUUCGUAGUUCACGUUGGCCGGAGGAAUGGCCAUUGAGAUUGGAAAGAGCACCUUACUGGCUGAAGAGCUCUGAGCCUGGAGUCUAUGGAAAGCCUGCUCCUGAAGAUUUUGAAGCAGAUUACGAUCACUGGAAGCGGGUCAUAAGCAAUUCGUAUAUGGAUGGCUUGGGUAUUGAUUGGUCUGCUGUCAGGAAUGUGAUGGACAUGAAUGCUGUAUACGGAGGGUUUGCAGCAGCUUUGCGAGAUGUGAAGGUGUGGGUCAUGAAUGUAGUUCCAAUCGACUCGCCCGACACACUCGCGAUCAUAUACGAGCGUGGGUUGUUUGGACUCUACCACGACUGGUGCGAGUCGUUUAGCACGUACCCGAGAAGCUAUGAUCUUGUGCACGCAGAUCAUAUUUUCUCCAAGGUUAAAAAGAGGUGUGGACUAUUGAGUGUGAUAGUGGAGGUGGAUCGGAUGGCGAGGCCAGAAGGGAGGCUGAUUGUUAGGGAUGACAUGGAGACGAUAAACGAGGUGCGGUCGAUCGCCGAGUCGCUGCACUGGGAGGUCCGGCUGUCAUACUCCCAGGAGAAGGAAGGCCUUCUGUUUGUGCAGAAGACCAUGUGGCGACCAAGUCCUUCUAGCUGAAGCAAAUCUCCGCAAUGAAACCAUGGAUCCAUUGAAAUACAUACAUAUACAUACAUUGAUAUCUGUCUGUGUAGAAGAAGGUGGAUUGGGUGUAGCAUAGCAUAUGAAUAUAUGAUGAUAUUGUUGCUGGCAAAUUCACUGCCGUUGAAUUAGCAUAGAUCAGGCGAGGCAGUGUGUAUGUCUGUAAUACCCCGUACAUGAUUACUGUUCAUGCUAGGCUCAGCAAGAUAUAUAUAUACACAUACAUAGCUAAAAAUAAGAUGCAAUUUUUUCGCA